AUGGCGGUGUCCAAUAAUAGAAAAUUCAAACAUCAAGUACCGUCAUCCGAGUGUCUUCACAAAGUCCUUGGGUACUGCGGUCACAUUGCAAGGAAGGAUGGAAACAAUUUCGAGAGGCUCAUCAUGACCGGUAAGGUGGAUGGGAAAAGGCCUCAAAUGCUCAGCCCAAUACGUGGGUCCGACCGGAUCCGCACCGCUCUUGAUUCCACAUUUCACAACGCCCUCCGCACCGCCAGAGACAUAAAUUUAUGGAGAAAGAUCAUGCGUACGAAGGAUAUACAAAAGGGUGGUCACGACCCUCAGCAGUGA